GUGUCCUCUGGCAAACACGAGCAAGACAUCAAUGGGCACAUGAAGAUCUGAUCCUAUGCUGAUUCAGCAUAAACAAACGAUCGAUUCAUGACUCUAUGACGUACUGUCCCAGGCCAUGGGUCCUUCUUCUCGGCAUCAUCUUUUUCCUUCCGCGGCUUCGGCUAAGCCAUGCAGGCCCAGCAGGACGGACAGUCUGGCCCGAGAGAAGACUGCAGGCACCAGCGAAUGCCUCAACAACAGCCGGCUAUCAACCCUUGGGAUGGAGCGUGGCGGCUUUGGAUAUGUCCUAUCUGUUCGUGUCGUAUAAGAAGACCGAGUACCACGACAAUGGGGACAUCAACCGACAGGUGAGGGGAAGGCUGAUGGCAUGAAUGGUACGUGCCCGGCACGGGAGUCUGGUGCGCGCGUGUGUCUGUGUUUGUGUGUCAGCUUGGUGCACCUUCAUUUUCCUGGACAGCGAUGGAGGAGCUGCCUUCAUGUGCUGCAUGCCAGGUGGAUGCCGACGCGCUCUUCGAGGUGGGCCACGAAAGCGGACUGGCCGACUUCGAGGCCGAGUUCGAUGCCAAGACACGACGAAACAUCUGUGAGCUGUCCUUCGUCGUAUGUGUGAGGGUCACGGAGGAUGCCGUCGAAGGCUAUAUACUGAUGUUGGUCGGCGACAGCGCCACUGUGCUUCUCUCGGGAGUACCUGUGUGGGUGAUGUUAUUGGGUGGGUCAUCGGUACCAUUGCCUUCAACCUUAUUCGACUUGACAGCUGUCCUCGGGCUGGUGAUCUUAUCUACGCCCUUUGAAGGGGUGAUCGACGACCGACUCGGCAACUUGACAUCUCUCAGGCUCCUCCAAUUGGAGGACAAUCAGGUAGGAAUGAUGGAAGGAGAGGGAGCCUAUGGGCUGCUCAUCAAUGAUGCAUGUGGUUGUGUUGCAUUCUGUUGGCAUCCAAUGCAGUACCUGACUGGGGCUCUUGGACAUUCGAUCGGCCGUCUGCAGAAUUUAAGGGUCCUUUCAAUCUCGGGAGGCAACGUUGCUGAGCCGUCCUCAUCAUACCGCUUCCACGGAGAUAUCCCAAGCACCCUUUUCGCGCUGCCACAUCUUCAAUCGCUUAUCAUUCAGUUCACGCAGCUAAGACUUCUAUCGUCGGGCGAUGAUUGGUGUCCCGAAGGUGGUGCCCAGCUUCGUGUAGUCGAUCUUUCAUCCAACCCUUACCUGCUCAAAGCCUUUCCGACAGGCCCCCUCAGCUGCAGCCGUCUGAAGUUCCUGUUUCUGAGAGGACUACAGCUAGAAGGCCCUCUCCCAGAGUCCAUCAAUCGUCUGUCCUCGUUAGAGAUACUCGACGUGCCGAGGAAUGCCAUGACAGGACCUCUGCCGUUCACUUUGGGCGACCUGAAGGAGCUGAGGUUUUUGAAUCUUGGAAAGAAUAUGUUUGAUUUUCUUCUCCCCGUCUCAUUUGGGCUGAAAUGGAGGAAUCUGCGCGUGUUCUAUGCUGAGGAAAACCAAGUGAGCGAGAAAGAAAGGAGGAAGGAAAGAAAGCAGCAGAGCUGUGCCCAUCUGUUUCACUCUGUCCACUUCGGCUGUGUGCAGCUCUCAGGUAUGCUACCGUGGGCUCUCGGAUUCGCUACAGAGCUUCGCCAUCUAAGUCUCCAGAGGCAGUUUCUGACGGGGCCGAUUCCUGCGUCUUUCAGCAAUCUCUCUGAGCUUCGAGCGGUGUGGCUCAAUGACAAUAUGGUAGGUACAGGAUCAGUGCGCAUACAGAAUGACCCUGCCCACAUGUAACGUCGUGUGGCGAUGGCAGUUAACCGGAGAGCUUCCGGACCUGUCAAAGUGGACAAAAGUGGAGAAUAUGGAUAUAGCGAACAAUCAGCUCAGCGGCUCUUUGGAUCCUCUCACAAAGCUGCAGGCUGUUCAUACUCUUCGCAUCUUCAACAAUCAGGUGGCUACCGUUGAUUUUCUGUCAGUCACUCGCUGCAAAUCAUUGUGCGUGUUCUUGAUCUUUGUCCGUGUGCCUGUGCAGUUUGAAGGUCAGAUUCCGCAAGAGCUUGUCAGUUUGCGCGAGCUGGUUACACUGAAUGCGCGAGACAAUAGGUCAGUGUGCAGACAAUAGGUCAGUGUGCACCACUGCUGCGCAUUCACAAUGCCUUUCGUCGUCUCCAUCUCUUCUGAUUGAUCUGCCAUCAAUCCCGUCAGGUUGAGUGGUUUGCCGCAUUCGCUCGAUGGCUGGCCCAAACUGGUAUAUGCCAAUCUAGCUCGAAAUCAGCUGCAAGGCUUCAUACCGCUCAUGGAGAACCUCACGUCGCUUGAGUCGUUAUCGUUUGUGAGCAAUCGCCUUGAAGGCUUCGAAGGCGACGGCCGACUGCCAUCCAGGUCAGAAGAUACAUGAAUCGAUGCGCGAGAGUGUAAUCAGUCAGUCUCUGGAUUACUGCGUGGCGUCAGGCUGAAGCAGCUAUGGUUGGGUGGCAACCAAUUCUCACGACUGCCAGAGGGAUGGCAUACAUUGCCAGCGAGGUUGGAAUUCAUACAGCUGAGUUAUAAUGAGAUCGGCGUGUGGCCUGACUGGGGCAGAACAGCGCUCGGUCACGAUCUCUGCAAUAAGCUGAGAAUCGGUAUGGCAUAUGAGUACGGGCGCCAAUCACUAAUACCUGUCUUCUGGAGUUCGUUCAGGGAACGAAGAGACGGCGUUGACUUUGGUGCGUCAUCAGCGACCGCCUAACUGGCCGGCACUUCAAAUCCUGGAUGUAUCCCAUAAUCCUCUCAACGUCAACGUCAAUUUCUUUUUGUCCACUCUCAAAUGGCAUCCGCGGUGAGAAAGAGAGGCAAGGAGAUGGCUCUUUUGCUUCAUCUGUGUGCGUCUCAUGCAGUUUAAGGGAGAUUGAGUGUCAGGAUUGCGGCGUUAAGGGGCCGAUGGGCUGUGAAGCAUAUGUAACGUACGACUAUGACCAAGUUGUGGCUCUUUCCAACAAGACGCGAGGAGACAUUUCGUUUGUAAGACUCCUGUAGUUAAUCAGCUUUCGACGGCACCAUUGUGACCAUUCUCUGUCCCUUGUCCGUAUCAGGACGAUCAAGUUGAGACAUUUUCUGGCUUCCUGGCUCUCGAGGCUCUCAAUCUCGCGUCAAAUCCUCUGAAGGCCCUCCAAACAAGCUAUGACCCGCGAGUGAGCUUUCCGAAGUCAACGUCCGUGCUGCAGCGCUUGGAUGUCCGCAACGCGAGCCUCACCGCAGUCGAACCGCUGGAAUGGUUCGCUGUUGACACAGGAGACUUCACCGAUAACCCGCAACUUCAACUGUCGGUCCCUCCCGCCUCCAAUAUUACAGUGAGACACGUCAAUCUCAAGGGUGGCUUCUGUACUUCUUUGUGCUGUGUGUUGCUUUUGGGUGUGUAGAGCUGUGCUGAGCUGUCAGAAGGCGCUGCAGAUUCCAUCGAGCGGUACCUACAACCUGACCCAAACGGUGAGAGAGCCAUAAGGCACAGGGGUCAUUGCUUGCUUGGAUGGUUCUCAUUCUCCCUCUCUCGUGUUUGUGCUGCCGCUUUGCCAGCUUUCGCACCAAAAAGGGACGACAUCUCGCAGCAAAUGCUUCCACAUGAGUGCACACGGCUCUGUCGAACAUUCAACGUCCUCCAGGUACGAAAGCUGCUCGACAAAACGUGCCCCAGAAUUGCAUCCUGUGUCUCCUUUUGCUAUCUGUAGGUCGACGAGGCGUUGAAUGUGACAUCGCUGUGCCGAUGCAUAGAUGGUCAUGAGGGCCGUGGGAAGUUGUGCACACCAUGCCGCCGAAACACCUUCUCCAAUCGUCGAUCCGGCACCGAGCAAUGCACCCCAUGCCCGCACGGCUCCGGUAAGUGAACAGUUGGGCAGCGAUUCUUGUAUUGUCGUUCUCUUUUGUGCAGAGUCUUCUCCUGCUUCCGCAGCGUGUCAUUGCAAGCUUGGCUACGAAGCUGACGAUAAAGCCGAUGAUACAGAGGAGCUUUCCUGCCGGGCUUGUGAAGCAGGUAUGCUGACACGGCUGACGCUCGAAUGUGUUUGACAUCCGUGUGACAUCUGUAGGCACGUAUGGGAAGCUGUCUGGCGGCAUAGCGACGUGUGUGAGCUGCGGUGGACCUCGCUUUACAUCCCUCCCCAAGACCACCUCGCGUGACCAUUGCCUUUGCAUCGAGAAGUACAUCUUGUAAGUUCACAAGGCACACAUGCCAACGAAUCGCUCUCUGUCGUAUGUUGUGUCUUGUCUGCGUAUAUGUGCUCUGUGCAGGAAUCGUCAUUCCUUUCAGUGUGAGGACUGUAUGGCCUAUGAGGGCUUAAACUGCUCGCUCCCCCUCCGUCCAUCGAGUGUCACCGUCAAAAGGGGCUUCUUUCUUCUCACCGUCCAAAUCAUGGAAAGCAUAAUGCCUCGGGUAUCCGUCGACCGGGAGCUUCCUCGGCGCAGAUUGGCCUCCGCUGCAAUUCGAUCCACGUAAGUCGACAAAUGACCGUCUUGUCCAUACCUGUAUGCAUCUAUGCCCUUCGCUCAUGUGUGAGUUGCAGGUACGCUGCGAACAUAACCUCAUUGCCCAUAGCGGUGGAGUGCCCAUACGGUCCUGCAUGCAACCCGUACGGCACAGACCCCGUCAACCAAUGCACGGUCAGUCAGGGAAUAUGAAAAGGAUCACGUGUCCAGAUUUUCCUGCUGCUGUCUUCUCUUGUUGUCAGGAGGGGCAUGCAGGUAUACGAAAGUCUUGCCGCAUCGCUGAGACUCUUUCUCAUCUGAGUUUGCCUCACUGUGUGGCUGCAGGUUUUGUGUGUGGCCUGUGUGAGUCGGGAUUUGCUCGAUCGACCCCAUUGGCGCCAUGCCGCCCCUGCGCCGCAGGAUGGCAGAAUGUGCUUAGCAAUCUCGCAUUGUUGGCCGUUUCUAUCGGCGCCAUCUUCCUACUAACACAUCUGUCUAAACGGUGAGCUGAGACAAAGCUACCUUCUUCGAAGCAAUUUGCUGACUUUGUCUCAUCUCAGUGCUGCGUCCGCUCUUCAUGUCGGUCUCAUCAGUGUCAUCCUAAAGAUAACCAUUGGCCACUUUACUGUGGUAAGCUGCUGUGGCCAACGAGUUGACGCUGAGAUGUUUGCGAUACGUGGCGCUUCGUGUCUCUCUUGCUGGUCAUAUUAGAUGAGCGGCUUGAUGGCGUUAGACUAUGCUGUGCUUCGAGGCGAUACAACAUCGCAAACAGCGCUGCCUUCCGUGUAUCGUGGUCUUUUUGGCUGGGACGGCGGCAUCUCGAUGGAAUACACGUCGUGGACGUGCCUUUUUGCGUCGCUGGUGGGUGAUGAGACAGCUGAGCUGUGGCGCCAUGCGGUCUGGAUCGGACUGCCCAUCAUCCUCCUCGUUGUGGUCACACUUUUUGGUACGACUGCACGGGCUGAUGCCCAAUAUUCACUCAUUGCAUCUCUUCCUGCUGUUGCACUUCAGCCGAACUGUGGAUGGUGGCAAGCGGCCGUCGCCAUCGAGACAUCCGGGCCUCUUCUGUUUCCGAAUCCCUUUUUGACUUGACAAAAAGAGCGACAAGUCAGCAGCUUCCAGGAGGCAAGGGCGACCAUAGCAGUGAGGACGACAGGGCCUUCUCUCAUGCAACGCGCAGCCACACUGCUGACGAGUCGGAGACGGCCUCGCGUUCUCUCGACCGCACACAGACUCGCGCGUCCACCAACGCAACAAGAGAGACCACCAAAAGCCAUCCGACGGAUGCGCAAUCCAGGGAGAAGCGGAGAGGGCUGCUUGGAUUUGUGGAUAGACAUGCGACUCUGUGGAUUGUCACUCUCAACCUGUGCUUCCCAAGUAGGUGGCUGCAACGGAGAGAGCGAAGCGAUUUGACCGUUUACGUUGCCUUGCGUCUGUGUGUGGGUUCAUGCAGCGGCGACUCGUAACUUUCUGUCCCUGCUCCGCUGUCGAGACUAUCCGUUUGUCCAAGAGAGCUUCACAGCUGAUGAGAUCGCCAUGCAAGGGCUUCUGCAGCCGACAGACCUUCCCCACUUGCGUCGCCUCGAUCUCAAACCAGACGUCUUCUGCGAUGUGCGCUCGACUACAUACCUGCCGUUCCUCAUCAUCGCCGUCAUAGGCCUUUUUGCAUGGGUCGUCCUGCCGAUUGCCUCGGGCCUUGUGGUCCUGGUGCGCCACUACAGAAAGGGAGAGCUCCAUCUGCCGUCGGUGCGUGAGCGCUAUGGGUUCCUCACCAAAUCGUAUCGGCAGAACUUCUUCUUUUGGGAAGCAACAGUUGCCUUUAGGUCAGGAAUGGACAUAUGUUAUUUGAUGUGGUUCUCAUACCGUGCUGUGCUUCCAUCUGCGUUAGGCGUGUUUUCGUGUUGGUCGUUGCAUCGGUCGCGAUCACCCAAGCUCGAGUCCAGCUAACGGCUUGGAGCCUCCUCGCUGUGACAGCUCUGGUUGUACAAUUGCGGCUGCAGCCCUUUCGUCGCGAUCGGCGGAAUCUUCUCAACCGCAUUGAGGAGCGAGGGCUCGCUGUGUGGCUGCUGUCGGUGAUCCUCAUGCAGUUUGCCUUCGGAGGCGUGCUGUCGGACACAGGACACCUUGCAGUGCUUACCGUGGUCAUACUGAUGAGCUUGCUACACUAUGUCAGCAUCCUGGUCACCAUCCUUUCCCUCUGGCUACAGCAGACGGCCCGCGACUAUCAGGAGAAGGAGGACUUCAAGCUUCUGUGUAAGCCGAUUCACCGUCGGCGGGCUUUUGUGUAGAAAUUGAGCAUGCUUUGCUCUGGAUGUCAGAUUUGUUGCCAAAGUCCCGGCUAAGGUGGCUGGGACCGUUCGUCGACUGGCUCUCGGCUGACACGACCAGCGUCUCGCUGCAGUACGAGAAGGGGCUGUCAAUGGGUCCGCAAAAAACGGCGUCAUGUGGCCAGCGUCUGUGGUCUUUGCUGCGGAGGAGGGGACGCCCCCGGACGGCGUUGGAACUGACGUCUGAGGCGAUGAAGGAGGCGCUGGAUGUGCUCAAGCCGACGACAGUGCCCCCAGACUUUCUCAACUUCCUCUAUGCGCAUGCCUGCGUCAGCUACGCUUUGAGUGAGUGAGUGAAUGAGUGGGUGGGCCCAUGACGGUCAGUUACAUCUCUCUGCUUGCUCUCACGCAUCCAGGGGACAGCGAUAGCUGCCACAUUGUGCUGAACGACGACGCCACAUCAGCGGCGACAGUGACGAUUCCGAUAGAGGACUUCCAGGUACGCACAGCUAUACCUGUCUUCCCUGCAUGUGCUCGUCUGUCAUGUGGCCGUCCGUGUGUUCGUGCCUGCUGCAGCUCCAUCUGAGCUCUGUGGUUGAAGAGCUGAUAGGUCGCGAAGAGCGCCACGGCGAGGGGCCUCACAAGUCGGAGGGAUGGGUGGAGCUGUAUGUUCUCUACCGAGGCGUCAAGAAAGCCCUCAAGAGCAGUGCUGCAUUAGAGGCAGCCGACUUAUCCAACGACGAGGUGACCACGGACGGCCAUUGAGGACGCUCAGCCACUGUGCGUGGGUGCUCUGUCUUUGUGCAGGUGGCACUUCCCCAUCUGAUGGCCUCCGCUGCUGUCCGGCUGUCUAAAGAGAUGACCGCCUCAAGCGACCGUGCCUCCGCGGACAGUUUGGCCACAGCAAGCGCUUCAUCAGACGAGUGGAUUGCGUACAUCAAUCGCGUGUACCAGUCAAUGCCAUCUAUCGUCGGGGCCCAAGCUGAGCUGCUGCUGGGAGGGGAAGGGGGAAAGGCGGAGGCGAAAGAAGGAGAGGAAUUGAGCCUGGAGGGCUCUGCAAGGCCCAUCCCUCCUUCCGCCGACGUCACACUCAUCUCUCAGUGCGUCACUUUUGUAAGAGAGUAGGUAGCUGCCUGUUUUUGAUCCGUGCAGUCAUUAAUGGGUGCUUGCGCCCUUUUUUGUGCCACUGCUCCG